AUUACUCGAUAGUCAGCAGUAUUCUUCGCUAGCAACGUUGGCUAAUUGCACAACCAGAGCGUUUUCACACCAACUAGAUGUCUGAAAAUCAGGGCUAACGAGUCUCACCGUGAUGCGAGUACGCUAGGAAAGAAGGAAUGAAAGGUCGACAUAGAAGAAGCUGGAGACAUUUAAACUAGCUGCUAGCCUGACAGUCACACCGCUCACAAAAUGCUGACCAUGAAAGGACUCUUCACCGGUUGCCUUAUAGUGCCGUGCCUGCUGCUGUUGGGCUCGGAAGCCGUUCCCAUAAGUAUCGAUAAGACUAAAGUCAAGGCGCCCGAGGAGACCGUGGAGGCUCCCCAGAGCGUGGACACGGGACUGCACUAUGACCGCUACCUCAGGGAGGUCAUCGACUAUCUGGAGAAAGACCAGCACUUCAGAGAGAAGCUUCACAACACUGACAUGGAGGACAUUAAGCAAGGGAAACUGGCUAAGGAGCUGGACUUUGUGAGCCAUCAUGUGCGGACCAAACUGGACGAGCUGAAGAGACAGGAAGUCAGUCGUCUGCGCACGCUCAUCAAAGCAAAGCAGGACAUGGAGGAGGGCAAAGGUAUUGCAGUAGACCACCAGGCCCUGCUGAAGCAGUUUGAGUAUCUCAACCACAUGAACCCACACACCUUUGAGGUCGACGAUCUGGACCGCCUCAUCAAGUCGGCGACGAGUGACCUGGAGAACUUUGAUAAGGAGCGUCACGAGGAGUUCAAGCGCUAUGAGAUGAUGAAGGAGCACGAGCGGCAGGAGCACCUGAAGACCCUGGACGAGGAGGCGCGCCGCCGAGAGGAGGAGCACUACGAGGAGAUGAGGAAGAAGCAUGCCGACCACCCCAAAGUUAACCACCCGGGCAGCCAGAAUCAACUUAAAGAGGUCUGGGAGGACAAAGACGGUCUGGACCCAGAUGACUUUGACCCCAAAACCUUUUUCAACCUCCACGAUUCUAAUGGAGACGGCUUCUUUGAUGAGCAGGAGCUGGAGGCUCUCUUCACCAAGGAGCUGGAGAAGAUCUACGAUCCGACCAAUGAGGAGGACGAUAUGGUGGAGAUGGAGGAGGAGAGACUGCGCAUGAGAGAACACGUCAUGAACGAGGUUGAUGCCAAUAAGGACCGUUUGGUGUCUCUGGACGAGUUCCUGGUGGCCACCAAAAAAAAAGAGUUCUUAGAACCGGACAGCUGGGAGACUCUGGAGCAGAACCAGGCGUACACGGAUGAGGAGAUGCGUGAGUUUGAGGCCCAGCUGUCGAUGCAGGAGGAGGAGCUCAGCCUGAAGGCCCAGGACCUGCAGCAGCAGCGCGCCGAGCUGGAGAGACAACAGGAGCAGCUCAACGCCCAGAAACAAGAGCUGCAGCAGGCAGUGGAACACAUGGAGAAGUUGAAACAGACCCAGAGGGUAGAGCCUCCUGAAGUCCAGGUGGCGGGUAACGACGUCCCAUUUGCCCAGGACCAGGGUCACCCUCUGCCCCCCGGCCACGCAGAACUACCCCCUGACCAUGCCAUCCCUCAUCAGGAACUGCCCCAGCGGGGGCAACCCCAGGAAUUCAAUCCAGCCCCCCCAGGCCAUAACCAACUGCACCAGGUGGCGGAGCACCUGGCCGAGGGCCACCAUUUACCCCAGGGAGAGCAGCACCAUCUUCAGGAGCACAACGCCAUCCCCUAGGGACCAAUCACACACAACACGGACUGGACACCUACAUGUGUUUGAGUUACUGUGUGUGAGGGUGAGAGAAAGGGAACGAGUGUGUGUGGUACAUUAUCCUGCCAACCUGCAGUCCACAGACUGUGUGCUUGCAGUCCUCGACUGAGUGAGUGUGUGUGUGUGUGGUGUGUGUGGUCCUGACUGGACUCUCUCUGUGUGGAUGCCAGGAGAUCCUGAGCAGGACUGGAUUAAUCAAGGGGACUUGGGACUCCUGACCAUGUUCAUUGAUUAGCAAUCACAGACAGCCCCAUACCUUUUCAUAUAUUCUUUUUAUUGGAAAAACUAUAGACAAAUGCAUCACGAUGGACUGAUUUGUGUGUGUGUUUGUGAGAGAGAGUGUGUGUGUGUGUGUGUGUGUGUGUGUGUGUGUGUGUGUAAUGUGUUGCACAUCGUUUUACAGAAAUGUGGUAAAUUAAGUGCUGAAGCCACUGUUGCUGGAUUAAAACUCUAAAGAGUC